AUUCCAAAAUCGAAAUAGAAAAGGUUAGAGCUCAGAAAUGACCUCUGCUGCAUUUUCACCUUCGACAAUUCUCCGCAAAACCCAAACUCUGCCAAUCUUCUCUCUUCCGUCCACCUCCACCUCCACCUCCACCUUUCUUCAUUUUCCUCCGCAGCCCCUAGUUGUCAUCGUCGGAUCCCGCAAGUAUCGUCGUUCCUCUUUCCCGCGUCUAUACGGCGCCGCUUCACAAGCGCGCCCAGAGGAGGAGGAUGAAGAGGAUACCGCAAUUGGCGAUUGCCUAGUCUUCGAAGAAGGUGUUUUCGACGACCCAUUUCUUCAAACGCCAAGGGAGUCUAGUAACGACGGCCACCGAGUCAGCAGACGAACGAAGGAGAGGGGCAAAGAUGCCGCUAUCUCGCCGGAAAAUUUGAUUCCCGAGAAGUGGCUGGAUGUUCAGAGGGAGCUGAACAUGACGAAAAAGGAAAAGAGAAUCCUGUCGCGGCAGCUGGAGUACGGCAGGAGGGUGGAGAAGAAAAGGCAAGCGUUGAGGCCUAUCAAUCCCGUCGAGUAUGAGGCCAUUAAGCUCGAAAAGCUUAAACAGCUGAAGCCCGUGGUUCUCGACAAUCCGAAGCUGGAUUAUGCGGAGGAGAGUAAGAAGCACGAGGAUGGGGAUAGACAAGUGGUUGCAGAAAGAGUGGCGCCCAGGAAUCCGAGAUUGGCUGUGUACGGGGGAGGUUUGGACGACAUCUCCGCAUUUUUCACUAGUGGCAGCUAUGCCCCUGGUACAGCUGAUAAACCACAAGCAGGCAGUCGCAGGUUAUUCUCAAAGGAAGAAAGGGCAUUGAUGAAUAGGCGGGUUCCUGAUCUUGGUGUUUCCACGUCGGGGAAAUGGCAUCCUCUACAUACUCUUGCUGCCUCUGGGGAGUUUUACCUAGUGAAUUCUUUAUUAAAGCAGUGUAUUGAUAUCAAUGCCCCUGAUAAGGAUGGAUUGGCAGCAAUCCACAAAGCAAUACUUGCCAAAAAGCAGGCUGUAUUUAACUUUCUUUUGAGAGAGUCUGCAAAUCCUUUUACACGUGAUACGGGUGGAGCUACCUUAAUGCACUAUGCUGUGUUAACUGCUUCAAGUCAGAUGAUAAAAAUUCUGUUACUGUAUAAUGUAGACAUAAAUCUCCAAGAUAAGGAUGGGUGGACUCCAUUGCAUUUGGCUGUGCAAUCCCGUAGAACAGAUAUAGUGAGGCUUUUGUUGAUCAAGGGAGCUGACAAGAAUCUAAAGAACCGGGAUGGAUUGACAGCACUAGAUCUUUGCCUAUAUGCUGGUCGGGACAUAAGAACCUAUGAACUUAUCAAGCUACUAAAGCGAAUUCCCCAGACUUAGAAACUAAUCCUCUAAUGUUGAGAGAUAUCCAAUGGGUGACAAAUCGUGCAAUGCUGCUGCUGCUGCCUUGUUCCGCUGUAGCCUAUUAUCAACUGCAUUUCUUGAAUUCAGCUCAAGGUAUGCUUCAUUUAUACAUAAUUGCGCUAAGAACUUGGAUACAGACUGGGUGCCUACUUAUUCUGAAAAUGAAGUAUGGCACCAAAUUUAAGUGCAGUAGGUUCAGGGGUUUGGUUAGUGUUAAGAUUACUCUCUAUUUGAUCUUCUCUGGUUAUAUGCAUUCUUGUACAUAGACAGCAUAAGUGGCUCUUGCCUGGUAUUGGCAUAUUCUUGUAUACAUAUCUAGACAGCAUAGCACGCAAACUUGACUCAAUUUGGCUUGUUUGAAUUUAUUAAAA